UCACUUUCAAUUUUGUCGAGCAUUUAUUCCUCAUAUGUAAAGCCUUGCUGUCGUGGGAUUUUUUUUUGGUUAAUUAUGAGAAAUCGUCGACUGAAUAAUAAUCGUUACUGGAACGCCAAGCAACUUGGUGGUUCGCGUUCCCGAUCCCGAUCGCGUUCCAGUUCUCGUCCUCGUCCCACGCGCUCCACUACGAUUUUUAUGGACAAACCGCGACUGGAACGUCGUGCAGGACAUCCUCCUUCGUCCUGGGACAUUCCUCCUGACGGAUACGACCACCUGACUCCUGUUCAGUACAAGGCAAUGCAGGCCAGUGGGCAGAUAGCUUCUCGAAUUGUUCCGGAUUCCCUGCCCACUGGAGAAUCUGCUGCUAUUGCGAUGAUUACUCGACAAGCUCGUCGUCUUUAUGUGGGAAACAUCCCUUUCGGAAUCACCGAGGAGGACAUGAUGGCGUUCUUCAAUCUACAGAUUCUAUCACUGGGAUUGAAUGGCUCUGAGCAUUUGGAUGGCAAGGCGGUGCUCUCCUGUCAAACAAAUCUGGAGAAGAACUUUGCCUUCCUGGAAUUCCGGUCCAUGGAUGAGGCAACGCAGGCUUUAAACUUCGAUGGGAUCAAUUUUCACGGACAAACCUUGAAGAUCCGGAGACCCCAUGAUUAUCAUCCGGUGGCCAAUGUUGGUGCCUCCGAAGCGUUAACUUCUUUUAGGAUGCCCAUUAAUACUUUCGCUAAUGCAACUCAUAUUGUAUCGCCUCUGGUUCCCGAUUCUCCGCACAAAAUCUACGUGGGCGGUUUACCAACUUGCCUUGAUGAAAAGCAGAUCAAAGAACUCCUUCUAUCCUUCGGGGAACUGCGAGGUUUCAACCUGGUGAAGGAUGCCAACACGACUUUGAGCAAGGGAUUCGCCUUCUUCGAGUAUCUGGAUCCCACAGUAACCGAUCAGGCAAUUGCCAGUUUGCAUGGAAUGCAGUUGGGGGAUCGCAAGUUGGUUGUCCAGCGAUCGAUUGCCGGAGGAAAGAACGCGAUUUCGGAUCAAAUGCCAAUGGUUCAGGUUCCGGGGAUAUCUUCUCUAUCAACCACUUGCUCAGCCACCGAAGUUCUGUGUCUUCUUAAUAUGGUUCUGCCGGAGGAACUCCUGGACGACGAGGAGUACGAGGACAUCCUCUCGGACAUCAAGCAGGAGUGCACCAAGUACGGGGAAGUUCGCAGCAUCAAGAUUCCUCGACCAAUUGGCAAAUCUCCCCAGCGAGGAUGUGGCAAGGUCUUCGUCCAGUUUGAAUCCGUGGAGGAAUGCCAGAAGGCUCUGAAGGCGCUGAGUGGCCGCAAGUUCAGCGGUCGCAUCGUAAUGACCUCAUUUUACGAUCCCGAAAAAUACUUGCAGAACGUGCUUCAAUAAUAAAUUUAACAGAACACAUUUAAAACUGAUUAUUUAAUUUUAAAAAUAAAUACCAAAGCAAUAAACUAAUCAACAUCUAAAAUCUA